GGGAACAUUGAUUACGUGGAUAUAUCUCUGCUCUUGGCAAGUUGGAUAUUGCCCACUUUAAAGUAAGACAUGGCAGUUUGACUUAUACGUUCUGUCUAGUUUCUUUUCUUUCUUUUUCAUUGUGUGCCCGCAGGACCACAUCGAUUUUUCGCUGAGUUAUAGCCGACAGGUUGCUGACUAUGACACCUCCUGCAGGUCAUCACGAGAAGGCUGUGCGUCGUUGCACGUGAUGACAUUGAAGAUUGUCCCUAUAACGUUGUUCAUGAUGUUGAAACAUAUCCUCUACAUUACGGUACCUUAUAUUUUCCUCAAGUGCAUACUUCUCUCUGUGGUUCCUCGGUCAGAUUUUGCUCCUGGUUACAAAAGACUUCAUAGCGCACCUGGCAAUAAAAAAUGAAAACUGUAGUCACACCAUUACUUAAUUUGGCUAUAGGAUGUCUAAUACGACCCAUGAACCGCAGACAUUCUCUGCUGAAUCAUACUUUGCAACACAACCGCAACCUCCUUCACUCGUCUCCGACAUAGAGGCUGUCCACGAUUUUAUCCAACGGCAACGACAGGCUAACCGAUCCGUCGUGCUUGUAACGAGCGGAGGGACCACCGUACCGCUGGAGCUCAAUGUCGUCCGCUUCCUCGAUAACUUCAGCGCCGGUACCCGAGGUGCAACGUCUGCCGAGUAUUUCCUCAAAGCUGGCUAUGCCGUCAUAUUCAUGCAUCGCCAGUUCAGCCUACAGCCCUUCAGCAGGCAUUAUUCCCACUCAACGAACCCAUUUCUCAACUUUCUCGAGAUAGAUGCUGCAUUACCAUCGUCUUCGACUAUAGAUUCGGCAUUCCCAUACUCAAAUGAUCCUGCACCGCCGACACCGGCACCCCAAAUCACUGUAACCACUGCUGAGCGCGCCAAGCUCUUUUCUGUGCUCCGCGCAUACAAGGCAGUGCAUGCCCAAGGAACCCUUCACAUGCUCUCGUUCGUCAGCGUGAACGAAUAUCUUUGGCUACUGCGCGCGGUCAGUAGUGAGAUGAGUGUCCUAGGAAGAAAGGCGAUGUAUUAUCUUGCUGCCGCUGUCAGUGAUUUCUUCUUGCCACAGCAGAGAUUGUCGGAACAUAAGAUACAAUCUGGAAAAGGCAAUCUCUCCAUAGAAAUGGAUCAAGUACCAAAGAUCCUAAAGCCACUGGUGUCAGAAUGGAACCCAGAAGGGUUCAUCGUCUCAUUCAAGCUCGAAACUGACGAGACGAUUCUGGUACCGAAAGCCCAGCAAGCGCUUGAGCGUUAUGGACAUCAGGUGGUGAUCGGAAACGAUCUCCACCACCGCAAGCACCGCGUUGUGUUGAUAUCUCCCGUGACGCAUGCAGGCGCUACAAAUAAAUUGGACGGAACCGUCGCAUCUCAACCUAAAUAUGCGGAAUUUUGGAUAGAAAUCGAUCCUCAUCAACCGUCCAACCAUCCCAAGGAAAUAGAGGAAGACAUCAUCGAAGAAUUGCUUAAACGGCACAAUGCAUGGAUUGAGGGCUCGUGAGUGGGGAGACAUUUUGAUCUAUAGCAAUGCGUAGUAUGUAAUGAUAUAUACACUAGAAUUAUGGAUCUUUGAUAUUUUGUCGAGGCGUAUGCGAGCGGGAGUAAAAUUCGCUCCCCCGUUAAGUUUAUUAAUUUAGUAGAAAUGCGUCCGACUUCAGCCGACUCCUGUGUAGCACAUAGUGCCGACCGCAGCGACGUUUAUCCUAGCUUACGACCGGUGAUAGCCUUGAGUGUCACCGAGUCACAUCCUCUCAUAACUUA